AUGUUGUGCCCGUGGCAGUUUGUAUUCAAGCCUCGUGCUGCUAAGAACCAGUCCUCUGAAGAGAAGGAUAUCAAUAAUAACGUGGAGAAAAAUAGGGACAUCCACAGCUUAAAAAAUGAUGAAGCCAAAUUAUAUGAUCUAAGCAAGAAGCGAACAGAGAUGCCGCCUAUCAUAACUUCAGCAAAGAACCCUGCCCCAAAUGGUAUGAAAGCCUCAAACCAAAUAUCAAGAUGUCCGAGACACGUAAAAGUAAGAAACUUGGAAAAUGGAUCCAGCUUUCUUGACACGCUACACCUGACGGCAAAGGAGGUUAUCAACUGCAGGACCAAAGCCUGCCAAGGGGCACUCAUGACCCCAAAGGGCCUGGUGAAAGGUACUAGAGAUGGGCCAGUUCCACCAGCAGAGCUUUUACCUCAAGCAAUAGAGUUUAUCAAGCAAUACUACAAUUCAUUUAAAGAGCCAAAAAUAGAAGAACACCUGGAGCGACUGGAAACAGUGACCAAGGAGAUAGAAACAACAGGAACCUACCAUCUGACGAAGGAUGAACUGAUCUUUGCUGCCAAACAGGCCUGGAGGAAUGCGCCUAGGUGUAUUGGGAGAAUCCAGUGGUCCAAUCUGCAGGUAUUUGAUGCACGUGACUGCAAAACAGCGAAGGAAAUGUUUGAGCAUAUCUGUCGUCAUAUUCAGUAUGCCACAAACAAUGGAAAUAUAAGAUCAGCCAUCACUAUCUUCCCCCAGAGAACUGAUGGGAAACACGAUUUCCGUGUUUGGAACAGCCAGCUCAUCCGAUACGCUGGAUAUCAAAUGCCAGAUGGGUCUAUUGUAGGAGACCCGGCCAGUGUGGAGUUCACACAGUUGUGCAUUGAGCUUGGGUGGAAGCCGAAAUAUGGCCGCUUUGAUGUAGUUCCACUUGUUCUCCAAGCAAAUGGCCAAGACCCAGAAAUAUUUGAAUACCCGCCAGAAAUUGUCCUCGAAGUGCCAAUGGAACAUCCAAAGUAUGAAUGGUUUAAGGAGUUAGAUCUGAAGUGGUACGCGCUGCCUGCUGUUGCCAACAUGCUUCUUGAGGUGGGAGGCCUGGAAUUUACUGGGUGUCCUUUCAACGGCUGGUACAUGGGGACGGAGAUAGGAGUGCGAGACUUCUGUGAUGUGCAGCGAUACAACAUCCUGAAGGAGGUAGGAAGAAGAAUGGGGCUGGAAACAAACAAACUUUCGUCGUUAUGGAAAGACCGAGCUGUUGUGGAGAUAAAUGUGGCUGUGCUUCAUAGCUUCCAAAAACAAAAUGUGACUAUCAUGGAUCACCACUCAGCUGCGGAGUCCUUCAUGAAAUACAUGCAGAAUGAGUACCGUGCGCGAGGAGGCUGCCCGGCUGACUGGGUGUGGAUUGUACCUCCUAUGUCAGGGAGCAUAACCCCCGUGUUCCACCAGGAGAUGUUGAACUAUGUUCUCACUCCUUUCUAUUACUACCAGGUGGAUGCAUGGAAAACACAUAUCUGGCAUGAUGAGACCCGGAGGCCAAAGAAAAAAGAAAUAAAGUUUAGCGUCUUGGCAAAGGCCAUACUCUUUGCAUCUUCACUCAUGCACCAAACAAUGGCAACCAGAUCCAAGGUCACUGUAAUCUUUGCAACAGAGACUGGGAAAUCUGAAACACUAGCCAACAAUCUGUGCAGCUUGUUCAACUGUGCCUUCAACACUAAGAUUCUGUGCAUGGAUGAGUACAACAUCUGUGACCUCGAAAAAGAAACACUUCUUUUAGUGGUUACUAGCACUUUCGGAAAUGGAGAUUCCCCAAAUAACGGAAAGACCUUGAAGAACUCCUUGCUCACCCUGAAAUUACUGAGAAAAAAAAUCAGAUAUGCUGUGUUUGGUUUGGGGUCCAGCAUGUAUCCAGAGUUCUGUGCCUUUGCUCAUGCCAUUGACCAAAAACUGGCCCAACUAGGGGCUUCUCAGCUCACUCCAGUGGGUGAAGGAGAUGAGCUUAAUGGGCAAGAAGAAGCCUUUCGCACGUGGGCAGUUAGUGCAUUCAAGACUGCCUGUGACAUUUUUAACAUCCGUGGGAAAAACAGUAUUCAGUUGCCCAAGGUAUAUACCUCUGAUGAAAGCUGGGAUCCUAAGAAUUACAGGAUAGUGCAUGACUCUCAAACCAUGGACUUGGCCAAAGCGCUUGCAAACAUUCAUGCCAAGGAUAUAAUUCCCAUGAAGCUGAAAUUCAGACAGAAUCUUCAAAGUUUAAAAUCCAGUCGUGCUACCAUUCUAGUUAAGCUUUCCUGUGAGACUAAUCAGGAAGUGCGCUACCUGCCCGGAGAACAUAUUGGGAUUUUCCCAGGCAACCAGCCAGAAUUAGUCCAUGGCGUCAUUGCACAUGUCAAGGAUGCCCCUCCAGCUGAUCAGACUAUCAGGCUUGAAACCUGCGCUGAUGGUGGCUACUGGACAAAGGACAAAAAGAUUCCAGCCUGCACACUCCCCGAGGCUUUAACAUACUUGCUUGAUAUCACUACUCCACCCUCCCAACAACUGCUGAGAAAACUCUCCCAGCUGGUAACAGCAGCAGGAGACAGACAGAGACUAGAAGUUUUGUGUCAGAGCACAGAAGAAUACAAUAAAUGGAAGUUUUACAACAGCCCGAACAUCCUGGAGGUCCUGGAGGAGUUUCCUUCUGCUGAGGUCUCAACAGCUUUCUUACUGACUCAGCUGCCGCUUCUGAAACCCAGGUACUAUUCUGUCAGCUCCUCCUGUGACAUGACACCCAGAGAGAUUCAUCUGACAGUGGCAGUUGUAAACUACAAGACAAGAGAUGGACAAGGGCCUUUGCACCAUGGAGUUUGCAGCACAUGGCUGAAUACAGUAGCUCUCAAUGAAACAGUUCCAUGCUUUAUACGCAGUGCUAAGGGAUUCCAGCUCCCAGAGGAACCAAGCAAGCCGUGCAUUCUGAUCGGCCCAGGAACAGGAAUUGCUCCCUUCAGAAGUUUCUGGCAGCAGCGUCUCUAUGACUUGGAACAGAAAGGGAUCAAAGGUGGUGACAUGACGUUACUGUUUGGCUGCCGGCAGCCAGACGUGGAUCACAUCUACAAAGAAGAAACUGAGGAAAUGAAGAGGAAGGGAGUCCUGAACGAGGUCUAUGCAGCUUACUCCAGGCAGCCUGGCCAAGCUAAAGUCUAUGUUCAAGACAUUCUUCAAAGCAAGUUGGAGACCAAAGUGUGCAACCUCUUGCAUAAGGAGGAAGGGCAUCUGUACGUCUGUGGAGACGUACGCAUGGCCAGGGAUGUUGCUCAGACUGUGAAAGGGAUGCUGGCAAAACACCUGCACCUCAGUGAGCCGCAGGCAGAGGAGUACUUCUUCCAGCUGAAGAGCCAGAAGCGAUACCAUGAAGAUAUUUUUGGGGCUGUAUUCCCACAUGAGGUCAAAAGAGGUGAAAGAGCUUUGCAACCCACCAGUCCAAGAACGACUCAACAGAAGAUUUAG